AUGGCUACACGAACAUCCUCACGCCAUGCUGCGCAGAAGGCUAAAGAAGCCAUCUCAACUUCUGCCGAGCCGACUGGCAAGACUUCCAAGGGAACCAAACGGAAAGCUGCAGCUGAAGAAGUCCCACAGCCCAAAAAGGAGAAGACGGAGGUUAUAAAGCCAGACGAAGCCCCUAAGACAGAGGAAGCUCCCAAAGCAGAGCAAGCUCCUAAGGCAGAGGAAGCUCCCAAGGCAGAGGAAGCGCCCAAGGCAGAGGAAGCGCCCAAGGCAGUGGAAGCGCCCAAGGCAGAGGAAGCGCCCAAGGCAGAGGAAGCACCCAAGGUAGAGGAAGCACCUGUCAAGCCAGAAGAACCAUCCGAAGCACAACCAUCAAAGGAGCAACCAAUCAAGACCCCUCCGGAGAAACCUCAAGAAAUUGAGGGAGGACUUCGCAAGUCUGAGGAGAGGGAAAGCGUAGUGUCCUCCACCAUCCUUGAAAAGGGCUUCAUCUACUUCUUCUUCCGCCCACGCGUCAAUGUAGAGGACCCUCACAGUAUCGGCGACGUCGCCCGAAGCUUCUUUGUCCUCCGCCCAACCGCCCUCGGGGCGGAAUUCGACCAAGGCCAAGGCCCUGUCGACAAAGAUGCCUCGUGCCGCCUGAUGAUGCUUCCAAAAAGAACGAAAGAGCGAGAUAUGGGAUUUGUGGAGAAGGCUGGACAAUCUAUGCAAUCUCUCCAUGAAAAGUUCAUCGCUGGUACCACAUACCAGACUGCCACCCGAGGUGAACGUCACACCGAGGAAGCUAGACCCUACGCGGAAGGUGUCUACGCGAUCACCUCUACGCCGCGGGCUUCCCAUCUCGCCUAUAUCCUGACCAUCCCUGCUGAGUUGGGUGCUCUUCAGGAGGACUUUGGUCUGCGAGAACGCGGUAGUUGGAUUGUUCAGUCGAAGAAUCCCAAGUUCGCUGGUCCACCAGUCGGACAAUUACCAAAAGAGCCAGAGUUCCCUCCAUCGGUUCUCGAGAAAUUCGGAGAUCUCCGAUGGGUGCCUCUGCAGCCCGAGUUCUUGGACUAUCCCAAUUCUCAAUUCCUCAUGAUCGGCGAGGCGCAGAAUGACCUUGGCAAGGCUGCAUCUUCUGAGGGGGGUAAGCAGUCUCAUGAGGAAGAGCCUGGUCAGGAAUUAGAGAAAAUGGGAGAUGAAAACGAGCAUCGGGUUGAGGCUCUCCUAGGAGAUGAAACCGUCUAUCGGGACCUGGGCUUCCACGCUAUGAGUUACCGAAAAUUGCCCACAACUUGGAAUGGUUAA